AGCUGGCAGCCGGCGUCCCGGGUCCUGCGAGCGCUCCCCGACUCCUGACCCGCCCACUCCAGACCCCAAAACUCCGGAUCGGAGCCCAGGAUUCCGGACCAGUCCGCGGAGCUCGCGCCGGGCAGGCGCCGCGAUGUCCGGCCCUUGGUUUCUGCUUGCCAUGGUUUUGACCCUGACCCUGACCGGUGUCCCUGGCGGCCGCGCACAGCCGGAGGUGGCCCAGCGGGAGGCGGCUAUGGCCGCCGAGCAACUGGGCCUGGACGACCUCCUGCGGCAGGCGGAGCCCCUCCUCCUCCUCCGGGAAGACCUCCAGCGCCUCCGAGAGGACCAGGAAGACAGCGAAUCGGAAGCUCAGAAACUCCCCCUGGCCACACCCUCGGCAGGUGAGUCCCAGAUCUUUCAGCCCCAUUGGCUCUCCAAGCGUCAGCAUCCAGGCAAAAGGGAGGAGGAGUCAGAAGAGGGGGUUGAAGAGGAAGAGGAAGAAGGAGGGGCCGUGGGACCCCGCAAAGGGCAGCACACUGGCCGGCAGGAGGAUGUGGCUGCAUGGUCAGAGGAUGUAAGCCAGCAGAAGAGGCAGCACCCUGGCCGGCGCUCCUCCUGGCUUGGGUACACUUUCACCAAGAGGCAGCACCCAGGCAGACGGCUGGUGGAUCCCCAGGCCCAAAGCAGCUGGGAAGAGGAGGACGAGGAGGGAGAGCUGAUGCCUGAGAAACGCCAGCAUCCGGGAAAGAGGGCCCUGGGAAGCCCGUGUGGGCCCCGGGGAUCCUGUGGUCAAGCCAGCCUUCUGCUGGGCCUCCUGGAUGACCUGAGCAGGGGCCAGGGGGCUGAGAAGCGGCAGCACCCUGGGCGGCGAGUGGCCUAGGCCAGGGAGCCCCUGGAGGCGUGAGCCCCGUUUCCUGUAAAAUCAGUUUGGGGUCUAAGAACGUCUUGAGCCCCGUAUGCCCUACCCCUUUGUGACCCCCUUUUUCCCUCCUCCUUAGAUGCCUGAGCACACACCUGAGCCCCUGGUAUACAUACACAUCAAACCCCUGGCCUCACCCGCCUAGUUCAGGGAUGGGAGAAAGCCAGCCUAAGAGUUAAAACCUCACGUUACCCCACUUUGUGCCACCGGCAAGGGGGCAGAUCCCAGAGUCCCUCUCACCCCCGCCCCUGCAGGCCUGCUCCCCUCCCUAGACCUGGCGAAGCUGACCCUGCUGUGUCUCCUAAGGGAUCCCCAGAGUGGGGCAGGGUGCCUCUGGUGUGAACAGGCAGUGGGGGUGGCUGGGCUUGAAGCCAUGAUGUCCCAAUCCAGCUUCCAUCCCUUGCCCACGUGUCAGGGGGUGCCAUGUGUAAACUUCACUCCCAGUACCCGGGUCUCCUCCUCUUCCUGGGCAUCCUUUUGUGGGUGGGAAGAGCCCUGACCCACAGCUGUGUUCUGCUUGGGGGAAGCAUUGUAGGUGCUGCUGUGCUGUGUGGUGGCUGCGGGAAUAAACAUGUGCAGGAAUUUGUAAACAUCUCCUUGGAAGUCACGGCUUGUAUGUAACCCUCUAGGCGCCUUUCCCCUAUCAAUGAUAAUAAAA